AUGAAUAGUGUAAAUCAACAAAUUGAGCAAUCUCAACAACUAAACAAAAAUACACCAUAUAGUUGCUAUUCAAAUAGAUCAAUCAUUCGAGAGUUGCAAUUUUCGGUGAUAAUUGAUGAUCAUCGAAUACGUGGACAAUUUAUUGAUUCAUUACCAUUUGCGGUUAAAUUUUCAACCGAAAAUAUUGAUUUUAUUGUACAACCGGAUGUUGAUAAGAUGGAUAAUAUAGUUGUGUUACUAUAUGGUCGUGCUCAAUAUGAACUUUCGGAGUGGAAAUAUACGGCACAGCUUCGGAUUAAAACAGGAAGUGCCGAGAAGCAACAAGGAGUACGUGUAGUGGACAAAUUGCUUGUUGAAUUUGGUAAUCGAAUACCGCCACUGUCAUUAAAUGUGACGGAUACAAAAGUGAAACGAAUUAAAUUUGAAAUGCGAUUAAUAAAUAAGUUAUAUGAACAAUUACCAACGUUUCAAAGUGGUGGCGAUGUUAUAUUAUUAUUUGAAGAAAAUGAAAAAUUAUACGUUGAUAAAGCAUUAUUAGCUAUACAUUCUCGUUAUAUGGCAUCAAUGCUUCAUGAUGCUGCACCAAAUGCUAUCAUUGAUAUGUGCUUAUUUGAUCGAAAUGACUUCUUGGAAUUACUUUAUCAAAUUUAUGCUACUAAUCGACCAAUUUCCGCCAAUCUUUUUGCGCUUUCACGAGCAGCGAUAAGUUAUAAAGCUGAUAUAAUCCUUGCUAGAAUCACCAAAUUUAUAUCUAAUCUUGAUAUGGAUAUAAUAUCCAAAUUUCAAUUAUCAAUUCAAUUAGAAUUGGAUAAUACACUUAUCGAAUUAGUUUAUGAUGCCGAACAGAGAGGUAUAUGGAGAGAAUUAAUUGAACAAGGAUUUGAACCAAAAUCUCUUGGUACUGAAAUUUAUCAUCGUAUUAUCUGUCCAGCAAUUAUUAAAGCACGACAGCAUCGUUUAGGUGCUAAUCCUUACAUUUCACAUUUACAAUUUAAUUUUCAUAUGCAACAAUAUCCAUAUACAGUACCAUUAUUAAUACCAGGUCAAACAUUGUAUGUAAAUAGAGGAAUAUUAUCAUUGUAUAAUAUUAAUAUUUAUGAUGAUUUAGAAGAUGGAUAUUUUUUACGAAUAACAUCAAAAUUGAUGACAUCUUGCACAAAUGCAGGUAUUACUAUAACAGAUUUAAUUUUAAAAAUGCUACAAUAUAUGUAUCCUAGUCAAACAGUUGUCCCAGGGCCUUAUAUUAGGCCAAUGAUGUUAUUGGCCGAGGAACAUGGAAUGAAACGAUUGUUGAACAAUUUAUGCGAGAUGCUUGCACUUGAGCCAACAUUAUCACCAACAACAAUGCUUGAACAUUUUGAACUUGCAAAUCGUUAUCAUCAUUUAAAUUUAUUAAAUGCAAAUCUUAUACGCAUGGAAGGAAGUUUCAAACGAAAAGUUGGUGAAAUGGUUGCAUUAGAGAAAUUUGAUGAAUUACCAGAUGAAAUUCAACAACAAAUUUUGGAUCGAUUAUAUUCUGGAUGGGCAUUAAAUGAUCAACGUUUAGCAAAUGUACCAACUACAAAUAUGGAAAGAACAAUAACAUUAAAUAGCGGUGGAUCAAAGCCAAAUGAAUAUGAAAACGAUCCAAAUUUGCUAACUUUUCAAGGUAUGAAAACAGCAGAUGCAUUUGGUUCUAUGGAAGAAAUAAAUAUUACGGAUGCUUAA